AUGAAUAGCACCGCGAGGACAGCUUACGUAGAGCAGUUUCUAAAACAUGAGGUUUCGAAGCUUCACACGCGAGAGACAUGCUGGCAUCAAUCUGGCGUCGGCGGUCUCCUAGCGCUGUUGCGUGCGAACCUCUCAGAGUCGAAAUCGUGGAAUAGCAGUUAUGUCUCUGGGGGACCGUAUACAUUCAACGCGACGGGGAAUUUAUUCACUGUGGACCUUGCGACGAAGCAUUUUGAUGUCAAUACCGUUGAUCAAGAUACAUUCAUCACGUUGACGUAUGUUCAUGUGCUAUGUGAUCUGAUCAAUAAACCUGUCGCCAAACAUACUGUUCGGAAAUGGGAGUCUGUACUCCGAGCCUUUGUCUUUACGCCUCUCGUCAUCGCUGGGCUAGUGGCGGGAAUCAUCGCAAUGGGCUCAUCAGAUCAUUUCAGAACUGAACACGGGGUCAUCGGGCUUGUUACUGUGGUGUUUGCGGGCUUUGCAUCGCUGCUUUACUUCUUCGACUUCUUCUUUGGCUCAAGAAUGGGUCGAACACCCAUGGGGAUGCGAUGGCUUCAGAACAUCAAGUACUUUGACAUGUUUGUCUGUCAAGUCAUCCUCAUGCUCUCCGGCUUCGUCCUGACCGACGGAUUCGACGAUCUCUCCGUCAUGGGCCUAUGCUACAUCCAGAUCUCCCUCGCAUGGGCAGUAUCUCUCGGCAUGAUAGCAGCGUUUGUCUGGAACAGCGCCAUGGUCUUGAUGACAGCACAAUGGUUCCUCGUCCGUCGAGCAAGGCCCGGCAGCGGUGGAGGCAUCGCCAACGCCAACAACAGAAUGUGGAGGCUCGUGCGCUUCCGCCGCCGCCGUCGUCAACCAUCCCCAGAGCCUACGCAGUCAUACGAAAUGGGCUCGUCAUCAGAGACGUCUGAAACUUCUGAAACCUGCGGUCGGGGACGGACUGAAGCUGGGGCUGUGCUCUGA